AUGCCACGAGUGUUCCUGGUUAAAAACAUGAGGAAAAGAAACUGGGGUCUGCUCUCAGAUUCAGCACGAGGGGAUAUAUACAUACCAGUUUCUCUUUUUCCUCCCUGUUAUGGGCAGGAGGGGUGUGAGGCCAGCACUCCAGAGCUUCCCUUCUCUUCCUGCAUGCCACAGAAUGGAGACACGCACACUCAGGCUCACUCUAGUGGCAUGACUGUCCAGCUGCAAGAGCCUGGAUCACAGUGCUAUAUGAGGACACACAGGCCUCAUUAUAGCCGCACCAAGAUUAAGAUAACCACAGGUGAAAUGUCAACGAAAGAAUCUACCACAAGGUUACCAACUUCUGUUACACCAACUUGUCCGAUAUGCCAAAAGACGUUCAGUAAUACACAAAUGGUAAAACGUCAUCUGAAGAUUCAUAGUGACUUCAAGAGGUAUACCUGUGAUUUCUGUGAGAAAGGCUUCAAUGACACUUUUGACCUCAAGAGGCAUGUGCGCACCCAUACAGGUGUGCGGCCCUUUAAGUGCUCGGCGUGUGAUAAGGCCUUCACUCAGCGCUGUUCUCUAGAGACUCACUUGAAAAAGAUUCAUGCUGUCUCUCAACAAUAUGCUUUCAAGGAACGCAGAAACAAGCUGUAUGUGUGUGAAGAGUGCGGCCUGACUGCUCACACACAAGACAGCCUUCUCACUCAUCUCCAGGCCAAACACCCCAGCAGCAUAAUAUCCAAAGCCAAGAGAAGACAAAAGCAGCCACCCAGUCAGGAAGGAAGCACAUCCUCCAACUCACCUCACUGCCAGAAUAAUGUGGUGUACACGCCGUUUGAGGAGGGAGAGCGAGGAAGCGAUGGAAACUUGAGGUCAGACAUCGUGUCAAGGGCGUUGAUAGCUGCCCGUUUUAAACCAGGCGAACCCCCACGCAGCUGCGUGUCCCGGAUGAGCGCGAGCGCGAAUGGUUCCCGCCACACAGAGAAACUGGAAAGCGACGGUGACCUAUGGGCUGAAGCUCGUCGCAGGACCGCAGGGGCGGUUUGGAGCCAGGACAUGUCUGCAGCACUAACGAAGACGAGUGGACAAGAGGGAAAGGACUGA